AUGCCUACCGCAAUUCCUGAGCCAAUCGCUAUUGUGGGCAUUGGAUGCCGCCUUCCCGGGGGUAUCACUUCCACUAAGACCUUCUGGGAAGUCCUGCAACGAGGUAUGAAUAUGGUUACCGAAGUUCCCGAAGAUCGAUUUGACUCGGGUUCUUUCUACGAUCCGGAUGCCCGAAAGCAAGGCACAAUUAGAAGCCCAAAGGGUGGUUUUGUGCCUGACAUUAAAGCUUUUGAUGCUGAGUUCUUUGGAUACUUUCCGACCGAGGCAGAGAGGAUCGAUCCUCAACAACGACUAGCUCUCGAAGCUAGUUAUCAUGCACUGGAAGAUUCAGGUACUACCUUGGAACAAGUGACUGGGUCGUGUACCGGUGUAUUCAUGGGAACAUUUUUUUAUGAUCAUCUGGCUAUCCAGACCUCUGCGGAUCAACGUGAUUAUAUCAGUCCUCAUACUGCUAUGGGGGUUGCCAACUGCUCGAUAGCAAAUCGCAUCUCACACCGACUCAACCUUCAGGGACCUAGUGUCACCCUCGACACCGCCUGCUCAAGUAGUCUGGUUGCAGUGCAUCUAGCUUGCCAAAGCAUCUGGGCCCACGAAAGUGAUGGUGCGCUUGCUGGUGGCGUCAAUGUGAUAUUACGGCCCGAGUCAACUAUUCUCAUGUCCAAAGGAGGGUUCCUCUCUCCAGAUGGAGCCUGCAAGCCCUUUGAUGCUGCAGCAAAUGGUUUCGUUCGAAGUGAAGGAGUGGGGGUUGUUUUUCUAAAGCCAUUUUCUCGAGCUCUGCAGGAUCGAGACCGAAUCUACGCCGUUAUCCGCGGUUCUCUUGUGAAUCAAGACGGGAACACACCUGAAGGCUAUACAGUCCCCAGUCUGGAGGCUCAAUCAAGGCUGAUUCAAUCAGUCUAUUCUCGGGCUGGUAUUGACCCAGCCAAGGUGCAGUAUGUAGAGGCUCAUGGUCCAGGAACCCCGGUGGGAGAUCCUAUUGAAACCAAAGCACUGGGAGCUCAGAUUGGCCAGAAACGCUCGGCAUACGGCAGCCCUAUGUGGAUCGGAUCAGUGAAGGGAAAUGUAGGUCACCUAGAGGGAGCUUCAGGGAUUACUGGUCUCAUUAAGGCUACUCUGGCUGUUUUCCAUGGUCAAAUCCCCCCUCAAGUCAACCACAAGACGCCGAACCCUGUGAUUGACUUUAAGUCUCUCAACCUUGCUGUGCCAUUAAAGUUAACUCCUAUGCUAUCCACGCCCGAUCAUGAGAUAAUCGUUGGGCUAAACUCAUUUGGCGCUGGAGGUACCAAUGCGCAUGCCAUCCUCGCAGCGGCACCCACGGCCGACCCAUCCCCGAUGCAAACCCGGGGAGCACGCGUGGUUCUUCUGUCUGCUAGAUCUCAAGCAGCAAUGCAGGAUAUAGCAAAAAACCUUGCAGUCUGCAUCCGUCAGUUCGCUUUGUCAUUGGAAGACGUAGCCUACACAAUGAAUUUACGUCGAAGUUGUCAUCGUCAGGUCGCUAUCAUCCCAGCCACUGAAUCGGAGGAGCUUUGUGCUCGACUGGAUCAAUUGGGAGCGAAUGAAAGAUCCAAAGAUGUCCUGGUGUUUGGGAAGCAACUGGAAGCUAAUCCCAAGGUCGCCUUUCUCUUUUCCGGACAGGGUGGACAAUGGCUGAAGAUGGGGAUGCGUCUAGCCGAAGAAGAGCCUAUAUUCCGGGAGUCUAUCGACACGUUCGAUAAGAUCUUCCUUCCAUUGGCGGGGUUCUCGAUCCUUGAGAAGAUAUCAGGAAAGGACUCCUCGGAACUUGAUUCUACUGUAGUUGUUCAACCAGCUAUCGCAGCCAUUGAAAUCGCGUUGGCACGAAUGAUUAUCGCCUAUGGAAUCCAGCCUGAUGCAAUUGUCGGCCAUUCCAUUGGAGAGGUUGCAGCAGCCCAUAUCUCUGGUGCACUGAGUCUUGAAGAUACUGUCGCCACAAUCUAUCUGCGAUCAAGUAUUCAGAGCAAGGCGGCCGGCAUGGGCUCCAUGUUGGCGGUGGGACUAUCUUCUUCGGAAGCCCAGCAGCUGAUUGACCGACAUCAAAUGGGAGCAAAGGUCGAAAUAGCGACCUUGAACGGUCUCAAGAUGACUACUUUGACAGGAAAUACAUAUGACCUAGAACUUAUUAGUCUCAAAGUCAAAGAAAGUGGGGCAUUUGCGCAGUUUGUGAAGGUAGACGUUCCCUACCACAGUGCUGCCAUGGAUUCGCUGGAGGAGGAAGUUCUCAAUUCAUUGUCAACAAUCAAUGGCAAUCCCACCAAAAUCGACCUUUACUCUACUGUGACCACCCGCCAAGAGCCAGGUAUACACCUAACGGGUGAGUACUGGUUUAAGAAUAUUCGCCAACCUGUACGGUAUGUUGAGACUGUGACGCGAAUGCUCGAAGAUGGCUGCAACUUUCUUAUUGAAGUUGGCCCUCAUCCAGUUCUAGUCUCGGGUACCCGAGGGAUUGCUGAAUCGUUGAAGGUUUCAGCUCAAAUAUUGCCAGCCAUGAUUCGAGAAAGCGAUACUGAGCCAAUGUCUCGUCUUCUCGGGGCCGCACAUGCAUUCGGGAUUCCAGUAGAUCUGUUGUCUUUCAAUGGCCAUGGUGGCCAGUUCAUUGACCUUCCAUUGUACCCUUUCCAACGUGAAAACUAUUGGUUUGAAACCCCGACGAGCCAGUAUCGACGACUAGCCAAAUCUCGGCAUCCGUUUUAUGGCGAAUCGACUGCUUUGCUGGAUGAUGGCCGUGUAUCCAUUCAACUUCGGUUGAAUACUGGUGUCUCGCCCUUCCUCGCAGAUCACGUUGUCGAUGGGGCUAUCGUAUUUCCCAUGGCAGGGCAUAUUGAGGCUGCAUAUAUGGCUGCCGCAAAGCAUAUGUCGGGAAUGAAUGUCUGGCUGGAAGACCUUCAGUUUGAGAAUCCUGUGGUUUUGGCCCCAGCAGAGGAUUUUGCGCCUCAGGUUUUAUUGGAGAUAAUAUCACCCGCAAAGGACUACAUGAUAGGAGUCCGUGGUGCAGCUUCAACACCAGAAACUUCAUGGCAGCUGUGCUCCAGGGGAAAAAUCAACGCUUUUGAUCAACGAUCGAACUCCACCCCAGAGGUUUUGGAGGAGUUGCGCUUGCGUGUUCAAAUGGGAACCCAGAUUGACGUCCAAGAAUUCUACGAAAAGCUUGAACGAGCUGGUCUUCGGUACGGGGAGGCUUUUCGUGGUAACAAAGAGAUAUGGCGUCUUGGAGGCGAAGUAUUCACAAGAGUUGAACUCCCACAAAUUUUCCAUGCAGAGACAAAACGCUUCCGAUUCCAUCCUGCCAUGUUAGAUGCUUGCUUGCAUGCUGCAUUUGUUGAUAUUCAUCAUCACGGAGACUGUAAUGUGGUUUAUCUACCUCAUCAUAUCGAGAAAGCGAAGAUCUCUCAUACCGAUGGCGCCACAACAGCCUUCACGCACAUUAAAGUGAGACAUCGGGACAACAAUCAGUUUUGCUACGAUGCCACAAUAUACAAUGAGAAUGGCCAACUCCUGGCAUCUGUGGUUGGACUCACAGCGAAGCGAGUGGGUAAUUCUGGUUUGGUCGAAUAUGAUGAACACGAGAUCACUAUCAUGCCAGAGUCUGAAGAUGAAAAGUCUGACAGAGUUCCAAUUGAUUUCACCAAUAUUCUUUUCCUUGAUCUUCAAUUUCAGUCAACAGACGAUCUCAUGCCUCUUGUAAAGAAAACAUUCAUAAGUGCAUCGAUACAUCAGGCAGACAUGGCCACAGUUGAUAGUACUUGGGCAGAAACAGGAAUGGGAUUUCCCCUGGAUCGAAGAUCACUGAUCAUCAUUCCCACGGUGGCAAAAUCUACGCUCGAUAUCUGUCAAAAAGUGGAUAUCAUUUUCACUGCUUUACGUCGCGUUGCUAGUUGGAUUCAUGAGCAAGGUGGGACACCUACCGUGAUAAUAUUUACCACAGGGGGAUGUAUGACACCCACAGAUCUGAGAUGCGAUCCGGUCUCCUCAUGUAUCGAAGCAGCUGUGCGAGUUAUGGUCAAUGAACUCCCCCGGUCACGCAUUCGCGUUGUGGAUCUUCCCAUGGAGCAGGAGGACAUGAAUAUAUCUUUGCUGGAAGAAGAGCUUCGCACUAACCGACUAAGUCGGCAUGAUACUCUUGUUGCUAUUCGCUCUGCGGGGCGCUUCUUCAAACAGAUCACGCCAGUCAGCCACAAGAAACAGCGUCAGAAGACAACGCUGCUCCCUGCACGCGGAGGAGCUUAUUUUUGUGAGCCUGAUGCUAGCGGAUCAAUUGAUAGGCUUUCUUUUCAAAGAAUAGCUGAGCAAUCACUUGCCCCCUUUGAUAUAUCAAUCGAGGUUCAUGCCAGUGGGCUGAACUUCAAGGAUGUAAUGAAUAGUAUGGGUCUGUUGACUGAAAGAUCCACCUCGAGAGCACUUGGAGGUCGAAAACUCGGGCUUGAAGUUGCAGGCCGUGUCGUGCAAGUCGGAAAAGAUGUGCAAGAUAUGACAGUUGGUACUUGGGUGAUGGCUCGGGUUGCUCAUGGCCUGGCAGGACUGGUUGUCGCCGACCGCAAACGAGUUCUACGCAUCCCGAAAUCCUUGACGGUGGCGGAAGCGUCUUGUAUCCCAGUGGCAUACCUCACAGCAUACUAUGCAUUGGUGCAUUUGGGUCGAUUAAAUGCUGGAGACAGCGUGCUAAUACAUUCCGCUGCUGGUGGAGUGGGAAUUGCUGCCAUCUAUGUGGCCAAGCUUUUUGGGGCUCGCAUCUUUGCAACUGCAGGCAACCCUCAACGUCGUGAAAUCGUGUCUAAUAUGGGGGUCGAGACCGUCUGGGACUCCAGAUCUUUGACAUUCCACGAUCAACUUAAAGAGGCUACCGGGGGUCGGGGAGUAGACCUGGUUCUUAAUUCUCUUACCGGAAACAUGUUUACUCAAUCGCUAUCGUGUCUUGCUCCCUUUGGUCGCUUUUUGGAGAUUGGGAAAACAGACAUAUACCGCAACAUGAGAAUUGGUCUUCAGCAGUUUGGAGAGAACUGCUCAUUCUUCGUUGUGGAUAUUGACCGAUUGGCGGUCCAGAAGCCCGAUCUUCAUAAUCGUUUGUUUGAAGAAAUCGGAGAGUUGUUUGAUCAAGGGAAGUUAUCACCCCUUCCUGUAACAUCGUAUCCAAUCUCAAAGCUGCCAACUGCCCUCAAGUCACUAUCACGGUCUGCUAUUAUUGGGAAAGUGGCAGUGGAGAUGCCGGUCAACGAGAAUAUUCCAAUUGAGCCAGCCAAGAUACUAUCCUUACGUGGCGAUCGCACCUAUCUCAUCACAGGUGGCGCCAGUGGACUGGGCUUACAUCUAGCCCAAUUCUUAUUCGAUCGAGGAGCCCAGUACCUGCUUCUUGUUAGCCGCUCGGGAGCAAAGAGCCCCGAGGACCUCGCAAUCAUUUCGGAGCUGCGGCGCCAAGGAGCAGUGAUUAUAAUUCGGCAGGCAGACGUCAGUAAGGCCGCAGCAAUUGCAGAACUUUGUAAUACUUCGACCGAUUGGCCAUCAAUUGCCGGGAUAAUUCAUUCCGCGGGCGUAUUGAAUGAUGCCUACGCCCAAGAAACAUCUAAGGAUGAUUUCUGGAAGGUAUUUGCUCCCAAGGCGAUUGGAGCCUGGAAUCUUCAUCUGGCUACCGAGAAACUGGCUUUGGACUUCUUUGUAAUGAUAUCCUCCGUCUCCAGCGUUGUUGGACUCACCGGCCAGUUUAGCUAUGCGACAGCUAACAAAUUUCUUGAUGCACUGGCGUCUCAUCGCAAGUCCCUGGGCUUGCCAGGACUUUCCCUCAACCUUGGUGUACUGGGAUCGUUUGCAGGAAUGUCACAUCGGUCCGAGCAGACUGAUCGAAUUUAUGAUGUUCUCCAAUCUCAAGGAUUUUCUUCCGUCAACCUUCCUACUGUUCUAUCGGUUUUGGAGCGCACAAUCCUGCAAAACGCCACCCAACGAAUGGUUAGUGGCGCUGACUUCUCCCUCUUUGUGAAAGCGCACCCCCAUCUCAGUCGUGAUGGUCUUUUCUCGGACAUCCAAAGGACUCCAGAUAGGCCGAAGGGAAUUAAUUCAAGAAGAACUGCAGAAAAUCUUUCAAGUCCAAGUGGAUUAGACUACAUUGGUGAAUUGCUACGCUCUGGGUUGGCUAAGAUCAUGGGAAUUGAGUCAAGUCGCAUUUCACUUACAGAAAGAAUCGACAAAUAUGCCUUCGACUCUCUGACACUCACACAAAUGCGAGGGAUGAUCUUGCGAGAGUUCCGGGUGGCGUACCCUCUUAUGCGGCUGUUCCAGGGACCGUGUCUUGAAGAUGUCGCUGUGGAAGUCCAGUCUUCACUUGAAGGUGACCCUUCAAAGGUAGAGACGACAAAUUUUGUCACCCAAAUUGACGCAGAAGUUAAUGCAUCCCUCACUACUGAAUUUUCAGUCCUUUCUCCAUGGUUCAUUCGAGGAAAAGGUUAUGGUUCCCGCGUGGUCUGUUUCCACCCCAUGGGUACGGGUGCAUCAUUUUAUGCUCCCUUCCUCGCAAACCCUCCCGAUGCCCUGGAUCCCGUUGCUGUGCAACUACCUGGUCGAGAGAAUAGAUUAGAAGAGGCAGCGGCAGGCAACGUACAAGAGAUUGUUUCGGCCAUUCUUGCAGACAUGAACACCUGGAAAACCCCACCACGAAUUUUCUGGGGGCAUUCAUUUGGAGGAAUCAUUGCCUUCGAGGUGAUGCGAGCUCUUCGAAGGGAAGGAAAAUCUAUGCCUUAUCUAAUGGUGACUGGGUCGAUUGCGCCUCAGCUUAUCUCUAUCUGGCAAAGGCGAGAUGUCAUCCUGCAGCUGUUGACGGAUAACAGCAGCCCUGAGUAUCUGCUCGGACUCUCUCGGUAUGUUGAUGAUGGGAAUUUCAUUCGGUCAUUGUUACCAAUGAUGAAGCAAGAUGCUCCACUGCUUCUUUCGUACCAAUUCCAGGCAGCGGAUAUGUUCGAUGUCCCAAUCACAGCGUUUGCAGCUCACCAAGAUGAUUUGGUGUACCCCGAUGAAAUUGCCUGCUGGGGCGUGCAUUCCAACGACUUCAAAUUUAUUGAAGUGGAUGGCGAUCACUGGUUCAUCCGUCGCAAUUUUGAGCUUCUGAUGCAGACGUUGAAAGACAUGAUAGCUGUUCAAAAUGGUGCUUGUAGUUAA